GCGGAGGAGGCAGACGUGCUGCUCCAGGUGUUAAAUAAACUCGCCCUAGGAACUGACAGUUGGGAUUGAUUUUCGCGUUGAAUAUUACGAAGAUGUCCAAAAUAAGCGAGGGCAGCGGCGGGUGGGGCACAGUGAGUGAAAAUACACUUUCGGAGAAAUUCCCUCUCCACCGCGCGUGUAGGGAUGGCGAUGCGGACUUCCUUCGCUCACUCCUACGGCAAGAGGCGGCUCGCUCCCACAUCGCCGUCGAGGACACUUACUACGGAUGGACUCCGAGUCAUUGGGCGGCUUACUUCGGCAAGCUGGAGUGCCUGCGCCUGCUGAUCUGCGGCACGGGCAGCGGGAUAGCAGCCAACCCCGGCCAGAAGACCUCGCGCUUCUCGCAGACGCCCAUCCACAUUGCCGCCUUCGCCGGCCACCCGCACUGUCUGCAGUGGCUGAUUCAGGCGGGAGCAGAUCCCAACGCGCAAGACUACCUGGGUGAGACAUCCCUUCACAAGGCUGCUCGAACUGGGUCUGUGGAGUGUGUAAAUCUCCUUGCAAUGAACAAAGCUACUUUAGGGAUCCGUAACAACAAUGGUCAGACAGCUUUCCAACUGGCUAGUGCUUGUGGUUUCACUGAUCUAGCGAAUCAUCUGCAGCAGUUACAAGGCAAGCAAGGUAGGUUUUUUGUUUUCAGUUGA